AUGCCUGGUGCAGAAGGUUCUCCACUCAAGAAAUGGCAUCUUAGCAUCCGACAAGACCAGAGCGCCCUCUCCGGCCUGGGCUGCGUCCUGCUGGCGGGCACCCACGCCCGGUGGCCCGAGCUGCGGACCCGGCCGCGGCAGCUGCUGCUCUGGCUCUCGCUGGCCGACCUCCUCUCGGCCGCCGCCUACUUCUACGGGGCCCUCCGGGACUUCGGGGCCACCUCGUGGGACUGCGUGGCCCAGGGGGCCCUCUCCACCUUCGCCAACACCAGCUCCUUCUUCUGGACCGUGGCCAUCGCCCUCUACCUCUACCUGAGCAUCGUCCGGGGGGCGCCGGGGAGCCCCGCCCUGCUCGGCCUCUUCCACGCGGUCAGCUGGGGGGUCCCAUUGCUUAUCACCGUCGCAGCUGUCAGUCUGAAGAAGAUUGGCUACGAUGCCUCUGAUGUCUCUGUCGGCUGGUGCUGGGUGGACAUCAACGCAGAGGAUCGUGUCCUGUGGAUGCUCCUCGCAGGCAAGAUGUGGGAAAUCCUGGCCUAUGUAACUCUGCCAAUCUUCUAUAUCCUCAUAAAGAAGCACAUCAACCGAGCGCACGCUGCGCUCUCCGAGUACCGUCCUCUCCUCUCAAGGACCCCGGAUUUCUACCCGAGAACAUCUGUGGCAGACAAGAAGUUGGUCUUGAUCCCCGUUAUCUUCAUCUUUCUCCGGAUCUGGAGCACCGUCCGGUUUGUCCUGACCCUCUGUGGCUCUCUCGCUGUUCAGAACCCCAUCUUGGUGGUCCUUCAUGGCAUUGGCAACACGUUCCAGGGGGGAGCAAACUGCAUCAUGUUUGUCUUCUGUACUCGGGUGGUGCGGAACAAACUUCUCUCUUCUCUCUGCUGCUUGCGACGUGAAAACUCAGACAGCCUUACUCCAAGUCCAGGUGUCCGCUUUCCAGCUCCGUCUUUUUCGUCAAAAGGCUGGGAAACAGAAGAGAUAGACCGAGAAAGCACGGAAUUUCCCAGCACCUGACGAACCCCCAAACAGGACACAUUUUUAA